AUGCCUCCGGCAACAAACAGAAAUAUACCGUCUAAAAUUCUCACUGAAGAAGAAAACAGAGUCAUAUUCGACAUAUUAGCAAGCCAAAAGUGUACGACUUUAGCAACCACUGUUGUACAAGUUCAGCUUGCUCAACCGAAUCCAUCAUCGUGGACUAAAAAAUGUACUGGCGUACUUUGCUUAGUGAAAGAUUACGCUGUCAAAUCCUACUUUCUUCGUGUCUACAGCCCUGUGGGAAAGACCUUACUUUGGGAGCAAGAAAUCUAUCUUAAUUUCCAAUAUAAGAAAUCGACGGAAUACUUUCAUACCUUUCAAGCUCAUGAUUGCACAGCCGGAUUUAAUUUUGCUGACACCGAUGAAGCUGCAUCGUUCUACCUUACUUUAACCAAUAAAUUGAAAUUAAAAAAAGAGAAAAACGCAACUGUCUCUAGAAGUAAGCAAAAGAACAAACAUCAACAACCGAUAUCCAAUAAACCAUUGGAUACUUAUGUUAGAAAAGAUUCUGCUCAGGUGAAAAGCCUUAAUCUAAGUCAUAACAAGCGAAGGCCCAGAGAUAAAGGCGGAAAGAAAUUGACAAAAUUGGAUAUUUCCCAACCGACAGAGUUUAGGCAUUUAAAGCAUGUUGGAUGGGAUGAGAAUUCUAAAUCUCUCGUCGAAGAGGUUUCUGAGGAAUGGAAAGAUUUAUAUUCAAGCAUUGGCUUAACAACAGCAGAUCUCCAUGAUGAAAAUAUAAUGCAAAUGGUGCAUAAAGUUGUUGAACAGCGUGGUGGUAUCGAAAAAGCCAACAAAGAGAUCACCUUACGUAGACAGCGUCCAUCGCUAUCUCGUCCAAGUCUUCCACCAGUCCAUGGCUCGCCAGCUCCAUGUCCCCCACCACCGCCAUGUCUUCCAUCACUUCCAGGUCCUAUACCAAUUCCUAUUCCUGCUUCGUUACCACCUUAUUCCUCCUCGCGAUCUCCUUCUCCACCACUUCCUUCUCCUCCACCACUGCCAGUACCGCCUGUUUCUGAACCUCGCGAAUCACUUUUUGAUCAAAUACAUCGAGGAAUAGAGCUGAGAAAAGUUCAUAAUACGGAAGAAAUGAAAAAAAAAGCACCUCCAUUAGCUGAAGAGUCGAGUAUUAUAACUGCGUUGGAUAAAGAAUUAGCUAGGAUGAAUCCUCGAGUUCAAAGAUCAGAUAGUGAAAGUUCUGAUGGGUCUGAUUGGGAUGAUAUGGACUAA